AUGCCAACUGGUCUAGACAGAUUCCUACUCGAUGAUAUCUCAGGCGCCGCCCAAGCUGGAGACGCCCCUGUCGACUCCCUUGAUCCGCCGUCGCUAUCGCCGCAGAUGACUUCAGGGAACAUGUCCCGCCACGAGUCUCCGGCCAUCGACGGCAACGUGACGUCGUUCGACAGGGAGUAUCUGCACUGGUCCUUCAUCAUCAUCGAGGUGGCGGCCAUCGUGGUCAUCGUCAUCGGGGACAUCUCCAUGCUCAUGAUGUUCUUCACCCGCAAGCUGCUCGGCCAGUCUACCAACAUCCUGGUCUUCUCUGUGGGCAUCGGUGACCUUGUGACGGGAUUACUGGCACUUCCGCUGGCCAUGAUGCAAAAGAUCCUCAUGGAACCGUCCGACUUCUUGUGCAAGGGCUAUUUCUACUUCGCCAAUGUGUCCAAGACAGCUGUUGGUUAUACAAUACUUCUGCUCGCCAUGGAGAGAAUAUUGGCUGUAUUAAUGCACACAUUUAGGAUACUGCCGCCUGGAAGGUGUUUGUUUUUUGCGAGCCUGACAUGGUUCUUCUCUGCUGCCUAUAACAUUUGGUCGGUGGUCAUCUACGACGUAGAGAAUGUCAACCUUCUGCCCGCUGCCAGGUCCCCGGAGUACUUCCUCUGCUUUGCCUCCAAUCGCUUCAUGUACUUGCACGACAUCUUCGCGGUGCUCAACCCGCUGGUGACCUUCACCUUCCCGGCCUUAUGCUCCAGCCUUCUAUUCCUCUACUUCUUGCGGAACAAGAGGGAGGCGGACAAACCCGGGCGGCCUUACAAGUCCUCCAAGUCGGUGGUCAUUUUCACUUUUGCCCUGCUGGUGUCCUUCGUAGCGAGCCAUCUUCCGUGGGAGAUAGCCACCCUCGUUUUGAACCACGACGCGCCAGCGCACUACGCGGACCAGUUGAUCAGUUUGAAGGUGCUGCACCUCAUUUCUUUCUCCAGGGGAUUCUGGGAUAUAUUUAUUUUUGGUGCGUUUCGACAUUAUGUAUGCAAGAAAGAGAAGGCGCUGGCCCACUUCCGGGAGCAAAGGUCGUUGCAAGUUCAGCGAUCUAAUCUGGCAAUCCCGAUGUCGGAUCGACCUAUGUCGACCAGUCUUUUAGACAGCGAUCCGUCUGUUAGCCGUAGGUACUCUAGUGACAUAAGCAGGAGGGCAUCCGCCUUUGACGACCCUCAUUCGUGCCAGAUUGAGCACCACCCAGGAGUGACACCACAAGAGGAUGACUCCCAUCUUGUACUGAUCAACAACUAUGUGAACGUAGAAGACAGUUCUCUGGGUGCCGCAAAUCCUGCGGCGCCCCAGCUCCAGAUCCCCGUGGUCACGUACACAUACCUCGUUCCAAGAUCACCGUGUGCCUGGGAAAACACGAGAAAUCUCAUGUUCCCUCCAAACAAGCCGCCCGUCGUCGACCUGAAUCGGCGCAACACUCUCACCGGGAAAUCUCGCUUCGGAAGUUGCGAAAUGAUCCCGGAGAGUUCCGAAUCGGAUAGCGUCGCUGAGAUGGGGGUCCCUGCAAAAAAACAACAAUACCAGAGGCGAAAAUCUUGCGGUGACAAAGUGUCUCAUCUCAAAGUCCGUGCCAGCAAACACGCAAUGCUCAAACAUUCCAACUCACCUGAGAACAUCAAGGCAUGUGUCAAACUGAUAGAAGAUAGCGCCGAUCUUAACUCUAAUGAUAGUGACGGGGUCGUUUUGGAGCUUCGCAAAGUUCCCAGCCCUGUUUUCAAGAGAACGUUGCACAUCGACCAGCCAUCACCGGUCAUGGAUCACGACAGUGACCGCCUUGUUUUGACUAUCGACAACGCAAGUAAAAACAACAAUAAAAUACAGCUGACCGACUGUCUAGAACUAAAUCGAAACUACAAGGACUCCCUUCCUCUUGAAAAAGGAAAUUCCCCAAGCCUGACAACCAGCAGAAGCGCGGACGCAAUCGGAUCGCCUACAUUGAAAAGCCCAAGUCCAGAAAUUCGAGAUGAUUCCAGAAGAAACACUCUCACCGUGCCCACUGCUGUGCCUCGCAGGGGCAACAGCUGCAACUAUUUAACUGUGCCCUCCUCUAUUACGCCUUUUUUUCCUGGUUCGUCCUGAAUGAGAAUUUAAAUGCUUCGUAAACAAAAUCAUCGCGCAAGUAAAAAGGCAGCAUAGACUUCAUCGACUUUAGAUUGAAACACUAAACCCACAUAGUUCUGAGCCACUCGAGUUAAUGAUGUCUCUUGAGGUGUCCAAACAUUUAGAUUGUUGGGGCGAAGAAACGAGCUGCAAAAAUUUGGUAGAGAAGCGGUAACUUAAACCAAGGCUUAUUACCUUUAUAAUUUAAAAGGAUUUAUGCUUGUCUUAGGGACAGUGGCGUAGCUAGGGUGGAAGAGGGGGUCCAAAUUUGAAAAUCCCCCCGGGCCCCC